AAGGACCCCGGGCUGGGCGCCGCCGCCGGUUCGUCUACCCUUUCCCUCGGCCGCCUCCUUUCAACCUUGUUCACCCGUCGGCGCGGCGUCUGGUGCAGCGGCGGAGGCUCCCGUUCCUGCCGCAGCUCGCUCCCCUCCCUGCCUCCCCGUCAGAUCCCAGAGUUCUCCCGCCAAUGGCUCUACUCACUGCGGCCGCCCGGCUCAUCGGAGCCAAGAAUGCAUCCUGUCUUGUUCUUGCUGCCCGGCAUGCUAGUGCUUCCUCCGCGAAUUUGAAAGAUGUGUUGGCUGACCUAAUACCGAAGGAGCAGGCCAGAGUUAAGGCCUUCAGGCAGCAACAUGGAAAGACAGUGGUGGGCCAAAUCACUGUGGACAUGAUGUAUGGUGGCAUGAGAGGCAUGAAGGGAUUGGUAUACGAAACAUCAGUUCUUGAUCCUGAUGAGGGCAUCCGUUUCCGUGGCUACAGUAUCCCUGAAUGUCAGAAACAGCUGCCCAAGGCUAAGGGUGGGGAAGAACCCCUGCCGGAGGGCUUAUUUUGGCUGCUGGUAACUGGGAAAAUCCCAACAGAGGAACAGGUGUCGUGGCUCUCAAAAGAAUGGGCAAAGAGGGCAGCUCUGCCUUCCCAUGUGGUCACCAUGCUGGACAACUUUCCCAACAAUCUACACCCCAUGUCUCAGCUCAGUGCAGCCAUUACAGCCCUCAAUAGUGAAAGCAACUUUGCCCGAGCAUAUGCAGAGGGUAUCAGCCGAACCAAGUACUGGGAGUUGAUUUACGAAGAUUGUAUGGAUCUGAUCGCAAAGCUACCUUGUGUUGCUGCAAAGAUCUACCGGAAUCUGUACCGGGAGGGCAGCAGUAUUGGGGCCAUUGACUCUAAGCUGGACUGGUCCCACAAUUUCACCAACAUGUUAGGCUAUACUGAUGCUCAGUUUACUGAGCUCAUGCGCUUGUACCUCACCAUUCACAGUGACCAUGAAGGUGGCAAUGUAAGUGCCCAUACCAGCCACUUAGUUGGCAGUGCCCUUUCAGACCCCUACCUGUCCUUUGCAGCAGCUAUGAAUGGUCUGGCAGGGCCCCUACAUGGAUUGGCAAAUCAGGAAGUGCUUGUCUGGCUGACACAUCUUCAGAAGGAAGUUGGCAAAGAUGUGUCAGAUGAGAAGUUACGAGACUACAUCUGGAACACACUCAACUCAGGGCGGGUUGUCCCAGGCUAUGGCCAUGCAGUACUGAGAAAGACUGACCCACGAUACACGUGUCAGCGAGAGUUUGCUCUGAAACACCUGCCUAAUGACCCCAUGUUUAAGCUGGUUGCUCAGCUGUACAAGAUUGUGCCCAAUGUCCUCUUAGAGCAGGGCAAGGCCAAGAAUCCUUGGCCCAAUGUAGAUGCUCACAGUGGGGUACUGCUCCAGUACUAUGGCAUGACGGAGAUGAAUUACUACACAGUGCUGUUCGGGGUGUCACGAGCAUUGGGUGUACUGGCACAGCUCAUCUGGAGCCGAGCCCUGGGCUUCCCUCUAGAGAGGCCCAAGUCCAUGAGCACGGAUGGUCUGAUGAAGUUUGUGGACUCUAAGUCAGGGUAAAACUGGAGACGGGGGAAACUAACUACCAGAAGUGAGGGAGCUUCAAAAAAAGUAUACUUUUGUUUUGUUUCAGGGGGCUUGUAAAGACUUAAGUUGUAUCUGAGGCACUGGUAAUAAGUUUGAGGUUAAAAUAUAAAUUAAGACUUUAAAAAAUGAAAAGUGACCCCUCUUUCCCUAACCAGCUCCUUUCCCCUGACUGGUAUGAGUUGCCCAUCAACUUAGGACGACCAGGACUAAUGCAUGUGGUAUGGGUUAGCUCUGGCCCCCACACCAUCUCUAGAGUGAGAAUCUGGCUCCUCUUUCCCUGGGUCACAGCUGAUUGCAGAGAAUCUGCAGUUACUUGUUCUGCCCAGUCCUCAUGGGCCAGCACAUCAGGACUCUGCCCCUUCUGUUUCCAUAGGAAUCAUGUUGGAUUAUCAGCUGUACUAAGCCCUGUUGCCCUCUCCCAUGUGCAGACACCUCCUGGCAAAACCUGUUGGUUGGCUGGACAUGUUUGGGUAGUUUUUUUUUACGCCACCAGGUGACCAUAAAGCCCAUGGCACUUGUUGCUACUGGUACCCAGUGUCUGUUUCUUUCUUUUUAAAAUUAUCCCAUAAAAAUUAAGAUCUGGGAGUGUUCUGUUCUCCACUACUUGAAUACCUCCUUUGAGAUUUUCUGUAUGUGCUGGGCACCUCCAGCGGAGGGUGCUCUGGACCUUCUUCCCCUCUUUGUCCCUCCCAACUGGAGACCUUUCUGCGGAUUGUAGAAACCAGUCUGAGAUAGGGUCUUGCCCAGUCAUUUGGCUUUAUCAGUGCUUAAAAUGAACUAAGUUUUUUAGCCAUUACCCUCUGACUUUUUCUCCCUUUAUUUUAGUAUGCUGUGGGCCAUAGACUAGGGAUAUAGGAAUGACCAGCAUGAUACCUUCAUGGUCUUGAUCCCAGGGAUACUGGCACCUUUUUCUGAGCAGGAAAAUGCUUGAAGUUUGGACAUGGUCUCCUUUGAAUAUCAGAUCCUAGGGCUGAGGGCAUUAAGAAUGGUAAGCUUCCCUCCUCAUCCCCUGCCACAAGGAAGUAUCCCCUUAUUUAUCAAGGUCCUUACCUGCCUGCCCCAUCCCCAAGAGCUCACAGUAUAGUGUUGGUUUUAGAAGCCCCAUCUGCACAGGUUUUCAGUGACUCAGAAUGCUCUACUGCCUUUUCUUUAAGAAAGGACUGAAAUACACUCCUGCUGUGCCUCCUUACUCCCUCACAACUCCUGCCUGUGUUUGUGUGGAUCCCUAAUCCCCAGAACCACGCUGUUCAGAUGGACACACUGUCUAUAAACCUGGGUAACUUGUCAAGUCAUGAUGCAGACUUCAGGUUGUUCUGUAUAAAAUGCAAAAUAAAUGUUUUUAUUAACAAUG